AACUGCUGCUGGAGUGAAUAUAAUAUACAGUUAAAAACUAGUGUGGACCGAAAAUAACCACCGUUACCCCCGAGAUCACACAAGCAUGGAGGGAUCCGACCAAAGUGCUCAGAGACAAGACUCCAUUCCAGAAGUGGGUGAGGAUGCUGUAACCACAGUGCAGUCUGAUUUUGACACGGCCCUCACUGAAGAGGAACAAGGGGAGUUGCGUAACGAAUUGGCAAAGGUAGAGGAGGAGAUCCAGACUCUAUCCCAAGUGUUAACAUCAAAAGAGAAGCAUUUGGCAGAGAUCAAGCGGAAGCUGGGUAUCACCCCGUUGAAUGAGCUCAAGCAGAACCUGAGCAAAAGCUGGCAGGAAGUCACAACGUCCACAGCGUAUAAGAGGACCUCAGAAACACUGAGCCAGGCCGGACAGAAAGCCACAGUGGCUUUCUCCAGUGUGGGCUCAGCCAUCAGCAGAAAGCUGGGGGAUGUCAGUAUACGCUCCAUACAGCAUUCUACUAGCAUGCCAGUCAUGAGGAAUACUCCUACCUUCAAGUCGUUUGAGGAGAAAGUGGAGAGUAUAAAGACCAAGAUGGGUCCCACUACACCAUCCAGCGAGCUUGAAACUGCAUCAGGCUCCACGCCUAAUGCAGAGCCAGGGGUUGAGCAGCCAGACGGAACCACUGUUCUGGAUCCAGAGCCACACUGAAAAACAGCAGCUGCACUCCACUUUUUCUUUUAUUGUCCUACCCUUUACUCCUCCCCUUUUACAAAAAAAUUAUCUAAUGAAUGUAAAUAACAUAUUUAUACACUCAGUUGCCAGUUUAUUGUGUUUACCUACAUUGAUCUGCACAUUUUGUAAACCACUGUACCCCGUCACUGGUUAAACGUGGAUACAGCAUAAAUACACCGAUCAGCCAUAACAUUAA